AUGAAGUUGAGAUGGAACUUAAGAACUGGAUUUGAGCGAUAUCUAACGUCCUGGAGAAGUGCUGAUGAUCCAUCCCCUGGAGACUCAACUUACAGACUUGAUAUUACUGAGUUACCUCAAUUGAUUCUUCGAACAGGAUCAAAAAAAGUGGCCCGCAGUGGACCAUGGAAUGGAUACAGGUUUGGUGGCAUUCCCCUGAUUCAGAACUCGAUAUUUAUACCGAGAUUGGUGGAUAACCAAGAUGAGUUGUAUUUUACGUAUAACCCAUUCAAUACUACAGUUAUCACACGUUUAGUAUUGGAUCGAUCAGGAACCAUACAUCAUUAUGUUUGGAAUGAGGGGAGAAAUGAAUGGUGUGUCAUGUACUCUUGGCCAUUUAAUCUAUGCGACAAUUAUGAAGAGUGCGGUGUUAAUGGCAACUGCAGAAUUAGUAAGACACCUAUUUGUGGGUGUUUGAAAGGGUAUGUGCCCAAAUCUCAAGAUGAAUGGAAUACACCUCAAACAACGGAGUGCAUAAAGAAAUUGCCAUCAGAUUGCCCAAGGGGAGAAGGGUUUCUGAAGCUUCCGCGAAUGAAACUGCCUGACAUAGAUUGGUAUAACGAAAGUAUGAAUCUCAAAGAAUGUAAAACAGCAUGUACCAAGAACUGUUCAUGCAGGGCUUACGCGAAUUCCAAUCUAACUAGGGGAGGUACAGGCUGUUUGAUGUGGUUCAAGGACCUGACAGAUAUGGAAGAGUGCUCAAAACAAUACACCUGGGGACAAGAUAUUUUUCUUCGAGUUCCAGCAUCUGAACUAGCUAAAUUACCAUUGGAAGCUUCUUCCACAAGUUCACCAGGAUUUAUCCAUCAUAGGGAGAUGUUUGAUUAA